GCGCUACACAGAAAUUAUAUCAAUGCUGCAGUCAAAGCGCAUGCGCAUGUAAACUUCCGUCUCAAGUUUAGCCGGCGAAUUAAAUUUUGUAUUUUUCCAAAGAAUCUAUAAGAUAUGCCUGUUUUUAAAGUGAAUGUGAAGUGGGGAAAGGAGAAGUUUACAGAUGUGGAGUGUAAUACUGAGGAGCCACCUGAAGUGUUCAAGGCACAACUGUUUGCAUUGUCCGGUGUUCAGCCAGACAGACAGAAAGUAAUGAUGAAAGGAGCAGUUCUCAAAGAUGACGGCUGGGGAAAUAUGAAACUGAAAGAUGGUGCCAUGUUGCUUAUGAUGGGGACUGCUGAUGAACUGCCCCAGGAACCAGUACAGAAAACAGUGUUUAUGGAAGAUAUGACAGAUCAACAGCUUGCCUCUGCUCUGGAAGUUCCUGCAGGGUUGACAAAUCUAGGAAACACAUGUUAUAUGAAUGCAACUAUACAGUGUCUGAGAUCUGUACCAGAGCUCAAAGAAGCCCUAAAAAAGUAUACUGGAGCAUUAACAACAGGUGGAGCUAUUGUACCAUCAGACUCUAUUACAGCAGGGAUGAGAGAUCUAGUUAGCUCUAUGGACAAGUCAGGUCAAGCUUUACCUCCUAUUGUCUUCCUACAAGUCCUUCAUAUGGCAUAUCCACAAUUUGCUGAGAAAAGUGAACAUGGUGGAUUCCAGCAACAGGAUGCUAAUGAAUGUUGGACAGAAAUUGUUAGAUGUUUACAACAGAAACUACCAGGUGUCACUACUGAUUCUACUGACCAGAAUGCAUCAGCAUCAUCAACUAGAGGUUUCAUGGACCAGUACUUCGGUGGAGAGUUUGAUGUUACAAUGAAAUGUGAAGAAAGUGACGAAGAGGCAGAAACUAAAAGUACAGAAAAAUUCUACCAACUAAGUUGUUUCAUAGAAAAAGAGGUGAAAUAUAUGCAUACAGGUUUACGAUCUAGAUUAGAAGAACAUAUAACAAAGAAUUCUCCAACAUUAGGUAGAGAUGCUGUGUUCAAGAAAUCAAACAAAAUUAGAAGAUUACCAGGAUAUUUAACUAUACAGUUUGUUAGGUUUUAUUUCAAGGAAAAGGAAUCUAUUAAUGCCAAAAUUCUUAAGGAUGUAAAGUUUCCAUUAAGUUUGGAUGUGUUUGAAUUGUGUUCAGAAGAGUUACAGCAAAAGCUGAUACCUGCCAGGGAGAAGUUUAAAGAACAAGAAGACAAAGCUGCUGAGGAAGCUACUAAGUUAAAGAAAGCAGGAGAGAAACCUACCGAGAAAAAAGAUGACAGCAAGAAAACUAUAAAACAUCCUUUUGCCUUUCCUGAUGAUAUCGGCUCAAACAACAGUGGAUAUUACGAGUUACAGGCUGUUUUAACUCAUAAAGGUAGAUCCAGUUCUAGUGGACAUUAUGUGGCAUGGGUUAGAAGGAAAGGAGAUGAAUGGCUCAUGUUUGAUGAUGACAAUGUAACACCUGUAACAUCGGAAGAUGUGCUUAAACUGUCAGGUGGAGGAGACUGGCAUUGUGCAUAUGUUCUGCUGUAUGGACCAAGAAUCUACGAAACCGAAGCUGAAGUAAUGGAAACAGCAUGAACUCGACUCUGCUAUAGAAACGGAGAAAUAUAAUUUAUAAACUAUAUAGAGAUGAAAGUGACACGCUUUGCUGUAUGUGAUAAUUUCUGGCUCAGUGCACAACGUGACUUUUUAUUUAUAAAUAAUACUGCACUGAUGUUACCAAGUCAAUACAUGUCCAAGAUAAUUAUGCAUAUUUGAUAUUUUUGUAUCAAAUGAUAAGUAAUAAAAUACUGAACUUUACUAAAGUUAAUUAUUGACAGAAAUUAAUUAUUUUUAAGUUUUAAAGGAUUUGGACACAUAAAUAUAUUGGAUUUGUUUGCAGUCAUUGAUGCACCUGUUUUGAUAUUAAAACAAAAGUAUUGAUAGAAUAUAAGUUAAGUACAGUGUUCUUGUUCUAAACACCAGAGUGAUAAAUUUGUCAAACUGAGUAAAAUUCUGUAAAUUCAAGA